CUGUAGAGCAUCAGUAUCGUCAAGCUAAGUAGCAAAGACACUUCAAUAAUAAUAAUAAUUAUUAUUAUUCUUUUUGAGUUUAAAUAAUCAACAGAUUAAAGUUUAAGCAUAAAAAUAAAAAUGAAGUUUGUAUUAAUUGGAUUGUUAGUCGCAUUAGUUUACGUUGAGGCUCAAUCAUUUGUUCCAAGACCAGGAAAUGGAGUUCCUAGGCCGCCAAUAAAUUAUCCGAUACCACCAUUCAAUCCUGGACCUCCCAGAUGGCCAUCUGGCUACAGAUUCCGUCGCUCACCUCAAGGAGAAGUCGACGCGUCGGUAGUGAAACCUGGAGAGGGACCAGCACAAGUUAAUUUGGAUUACAAUCAAAAACUUUUCACCGAUGACACAUCGAGUCUCAGUGCCCAUGGACGAGUUUCGUCCACUGAUUUCAGUCAUUUUAACCCCAGCGCAGGAGUAAAUUACGAAUGGAAUCCUAACAAGGAUACAUAUUUAAGAGCGCAAACUGAACUCCAACGAUUACCCACUGGCCGUAUGGAGCCCAGCUUUGGAGCCCAAUUCGGGAUGAGAUUCCGUCGCUCACCCCAAGGAUCAGUGGACGGAUCAGUGACCAAAUCUGAACAUGGACAACCGCAAUUGAACUUGGACUACAACCAGAAUAUUUUUUCUGAUGAUAAUUCGAAACUCAGUGCUCACGGAAAACUUUCUUCCCCUGAUCUCAGUCAUUUCACUCCCAAUGCAGGAGUUAAUUACGAAUACACUCCUAACGAGAAUACAAAUUUUAGAGCGAAAACUGAAAUCACGCGAUCUCCCGGUGGCCGGAUGGUACCCAGCUAUGGAGUUGGAUUCGGAGUGAAAUGGUGACGUGAUUUCAAAACCAACAACUUAAAGAGUAAUUUAUUUUAUAUUAAACCAAUAAAUAUUAUUCACAUUUUGUAUUAAUAAAUGAGUCAAAUAAAAUACUUAAAUUUCGUAAUGAAUAA